AUAAAAUGAUGGCCCCCUGUUUCUACUUUCUACGGGUCCCUCCAAUUGGAUUCUACCCCACCACUUUUUCCGCUGGGUCGCAUUCGUAGAUCGGGAGCCAUGGCGAGAUCGCCGGGCGCAAUCAUGGCGCUGAUGUUUAUUCUCAUGGCUGCGGCGGCGGCGGGGGAGCUCUCGCGGCUCGAACACGAUUUGAAGAACGAUGGAUCGCUUAAGAUCCUUGUGGUUGGAGAUUGGGGGAGAAAAGGAACGUACAAUCAAUCGGAAGUCGCAACCCAGAUGGGAAUGAUUGGGGAGGAACUUGACAUAGAUUUUGUAAUAUCUACUGGGGAUAAUUUCUACGAGGACGGCCUAACCGGCGUCGACGACAAAGCAUUUGAGGAGUCAUUUUCCAAUAUAUACACUGCAAAGAGUUUACAGAAGCCAUGGUACCUCGUUCUUGGGAAUCAUGACUACAGGGGAGAUGUGCUGGCACAAUUAAAUCCUGUUCUUCAAAAGAUUGAUAGCAGAUUUAUUUGCAUGAGAUCUUUCAUUGUCAAUACAGAUAUUGUGGAUUUCUUUUUCGCGGACACAACUCCAUUCCAACUGAAGUAUUGGACCGAUCCAGAAGAUGAUCACUACGAUUGGAGGGGAGUUGCACCGCGCGAAACUUACAUCUCUAAUCUCUUGAAGGAUUUGGAUUCUGCUCUGAAAGCAUCAACAGCAACAUGGAAGAUUGUGGUGGGGCACCACACAAUGAGGAGUGUAAGCGAGCAUGGCGACACCGAGGAGCUUCUGCAGUUACUUCUUCCCAUCCUCAAGGCAAAUGGCGCGGACAUGUACAUCAAUGGGCAUGAUCAUUGCCUUGAGCACAUUAGCAGCAAUGACAGUCCGAUCCAAUACUUUACGAGCGGAGGGGGUUCAAAGGCCUGGAGGGGCACGUUCACGCCUAACUCCGACACGCUGCGAUUCUUCUACGACGGGCAAGGGUUCAUGUCCCUUCAACUGACCAAGGCCAAGGCCGACAUCGUAUUCUACGAUGUAUUUGGAAGCGUACUGUACCAAUGGAGCAUGACCAAAUUUAGCAAUCAGAUUCUGCAAUUUCCAAUGUAGGAAGAAGAAAGAAAAAGAGACAUUUUAGUGUGGCCACCAGCAGUUCAUGUAAAUAUAUGUAUAUAUAUAUAUAUAUCAUAUUAGCAAUUUAGAAUUGAAGUAGGAUUUAAACUUGGUGGUGCAUAUAUAUAGAGUGUGACACCCAGAAUGUUGUUAAUUUGUCGGGUGAUUGCUAUAUUAGUAUUCAAAAACAAAAAGGAAAUGGGGGUCAUAUAUACCCAUGGACUAAUCCUAUAAAUCAUAUUUUUAUGCUUCAGACAUUGUACUACUGCUUAUGAAAUGAAUGAUCUUGUUCUAGACUUA